CUAUUUGUUCGCAGGCUUCGCCGCCAACACGAAAUGACAACAUGCUAGACCUUGUCUUCACUUUGGGAAUUCUCGAUGAUAAUGUAAAGAUACUGGAAAACUUCUGGGCAGUGAUAAUAAUGCGGUGUUAUUCCAUUGCACUAUGCCCACACAAGCAUCGAAGGUCGAGUACAUUGAUAUAUACUACCCACCAUACCGUUCGAUCAGCUGGGACACGCUCGCAACACCAAUAAGAUCAAUGCAGUGGGAUAGAUUCUUCCUCACAUGCAACCCAGAUGUUGCCGCUGAAACUUCUUAUCAUAAUAUAAACGAAUACUCAGAUACUAUCGCUCCAGUUUUGCUAAAGAAACGCCCAAACACUACUGCGGACCCUCGCGCCAGCACCUUGCUAAACGAAAAAUCAGCAAACUGGUCAGAUGCUAUAAAAAAUCCCAUGAAUUCAUCAGGUCCAUAAUGUAAUCUGCAAUUUAGAAUCUGUUGGAGCUGAGAGACAGAGUUAUGAAGAACAUCAAGCUCUUGUAGACUCAAACAAGCCGAAGGAGCUUAUAAAACUUCUCAGGAGAAGAAGAUGCGGAAACGAGUGCAUCAAGUCCAUGGAAAUCUCUAUCUUCUCGUCAACGGAUGAUCCCGUAGUCGUUAGCAAUCAACGAGCAUUCUCG